UAAGCUGUUAGUUGCCCUUUAAAACCCCAACAACAAGGUGCCACUCUUCACCUCAGUCCAGCAUGACGGACACAGCUGAGUCUGGCAGACACAUGGCAUCUGUCAUGAACCAACUUGAAGAUACAUCUAGAGAAAUUAAGGAAUGCUAUGAGAGGCUAGACUUUAUAGAGACAAAGCUGAGGCGCCGCCACUACCCAAGUGAAGAGAAAAAACGUCUUGAGAAGGAGGUUAAGGACAUUAAAACACAUCUUUCACAACAUGAGAAAAAUCUUCGUAGUCUUCGUGGGGAAAACCGCAUUGCUAUGGUGCUCUCAGUGUUGAUAUUGGCCUUAGGCAUUAUGAUUUAUAUUGUUUACUUCAUUUUUUUUGCUAGCUGAAAUUUUGUGGUAUGAGAUUAUAAACAUUAAAGAUGUUUAUAGCUAGCUAUUUGUUAUAAGCUUGUUUGCAUUGAUUAUCAGUAUGGUGCAUAGUAUUUCAAUAAAAUGUACUGUACUAUGUUGGUAGCAAAUAUCAAAUAUAUUCUUUGCUAAUCAUCUCUUCCAUUUUCAGAUAAACAUUUACUGUAGUAUUAAGGUGAUAAGAUACAUUCCAUCUUCCAUACGAAUAUACUAGAGGUAGCUACUAUAUUAAUUUUUAACAAGUCAAUUAUUAAUUUCAUAUUUACUUAGCAAGAUUUUGAUGGUGCAAUAAUUAAAAAAAAAAUGUGCAACUGACACUUGUAUUGUAACUGAUGUACACAUGAAGUAUACUGUAGGGAAAGUAGGUAUAACAUUAGUGUUGAAAAA